ACUUGGAACCCCACCGAUGGUUGGUCGAACGUUUAACGAGGACGGACGGGUACCUGUAGUGAGAGUACAGUAAUCGUGCACCUUCUCUUAGCAGGAUAGGGUGACGCCUUGGCAAAAGAAACGCCCUUCUUCUCUCUCUUGGUAACCCUUUCUUCCUAAUGCCCACGCUUUGUGCGGACAGAACCAUGGCUGCUGCAGCUGCUCCCGCUGUUUCUGUCGCAUAUCAUCCGGCUAGAUGCCUGCAAUUUGGAAGACACAGGAGAUUUUAUGUGAGUAAACAAAAGCCAAUCCCGAGGCUUGCUACCAAUUACUGGAAGUUCAGGCGAGCAACGGUGGUCAGCUCGUCGUCUUCUUUCAUGGUCGAACAGGAAAAGGAGAAUGAUGGAUCCAUGGGUGCGGAGGUACUCCAUCGAUUCAUCGAGCUUAAUCUGGGGAACUGGAAUGGCUCUUUCUAUCAAUUUGACGGAACCGGAAGUUUAUUGCAAACUGUGACGACCAGAUUGGCGGCGAGCUCGUAUGGUGAAGAUGAACUCAUGAGCCUCAUCCAAACGCUAUACAUAAAACAGCCUGCUUCAGGGUAUGAACCUGACUUGGAGUGGGCAGAAUACAAGAUCAAGGAGAGUAACAUGUUUACGGUGGACAAGUAUCAGCAGAUUGGUUUUUUCCCAAAGGAGAAAGCAUUUGCUUUGAGAUACCAGACAGCAGGAAUGCUAGAAACAACACUGAGAGCAGGCGUUCUUGGAGAAGACGAUAUUGGUGAAGAAUCACCAAAAGGUCUGAAAAUUCCCUCUAAGAUUCCCUCUAUAGUCUGCGAGAAUUGCCUUUACUCACAGAAGAGUGAUAUGCGUGCAAGAGCCUUUCACAUCAUGGAUCCCCAUGGAGUUCUUGAAAUGCUUCUCAUUUUUCUUGAGAAAAGGGAGGAUGGGACACCAAUUUCAUCAGCUCCUGGCAAAUUAUUGGAUGAUUCUGCUGACCGCAUAACUCCAUUUCUUGGUGAAUGGCAAGGACAUUCUCUAACUAAACGAACUGGUGUGUAUGGGGCCACAAUCACUGAAGCUGAUACACAGGUUAUUCUUGAAAUGAAUGAUGGUCGGCUGAUUCAGAAUAUCACCUCAACCUCCGAUGAUGGGACUAGCAGUGUCCAAUGGACAGGCUCAAUAUCAGGCAAUCUGAUUAGCUUUGAUAGAGGCUUCCAGAUGAUCAUGCUACCUGGAGGUAUGUAUAUGGCUUGCCCGGAGGACUUGUCCAAGAAUGUAUCUAGCUCACAAUCAUUCCAUCUAGAGUUUUGUUGGAUGGAAAGUUCAGAUACGCGGCAGAGGCUUGUUCGGACGUUCGACACAGAUGGCUUGGCAGUAUCUUCAACUUAUUUUUACGAGACGAAGGUAUAAAUGGCUUUUACGAUUUAUCAGCAAGCUGCUACGUCUGACGCUAACUUUUUUUGCUCGUGGUGUAGAAAAUUGAUCUAUUUGUACUUUUUCUUCACUUCCAUCCAGAGUAUUUCAAUAAAGAGUACAUCAUUGAGAAUAUA